AUGUUUCUACAGCGCGGCUCGCGAGUGCUGCGGAGGCAGCUGCAGACCUCCAAGGCCAUGGGCAAGUUGGCCACGGGAAGAGGCACUUUGGCGGGGGGCCCUACGAUGCCGCGGUGGUUCACGGAAUCAAGGAGGCUAUAUGCUGUGAAGCCGGUGUUGCUGGCUGACAUUGGCGAGGGCAUCGUCGAGUGCGAAGUCAUCCAAUGGUUCGUCGAGCCCGGCGCUCGCGUUGAGGAGUUCUCGCCUCUGUGCGAGGUGCAAAGCGACAAGGCGUCGGUGGAAAUCACAAGCCGUUUCACCGGCACCGUCAAGAAGCUGUACUACGACGCUGGCGAGAUGGCCAAGGUCGGCAAGCCCUUUGUCGACAUUGACAUUGAGGGAGAUGCAGAGCCCGAGGCCCCGGCGCCGAGCCAGGCGCAGCAACCACUGGCUUCAGCUCCAUCAACACCAUCAACGCCCUCGCCAUCAGAGCCUCCCUCAGGACAAGGCGGCGCUGGUGCUGCUUCUCCCAUGGCACCGUCACAACGAUCCGGCGAUGAUGCCCCUGCCGCACCAAAGCCCAAGGGGAAGAUGGCCGCGCUGGCGACACCCGCGGUGCGACACCUCUCCAAGGAGCUCAACAUUGACAUUAUCGAAAUCGAUGGCACCGGCAAGGAUGGCAGGGUCCUCAAGGAGGACAUCUACAGGUUUGUCAAGGCCAGAGAGGAAGGUGACAGCGGCACGCAAAGCCCUUCUGCUCCCGUCCCAGCCCACACUCCCGGAGUUCAGACAGAAACCAGAACACCGCUCAGCCAAACACAACAAAUGAUGUUCAAGAGCAUGACGCGGUCCCUCAACAUCCCACACUUCCUCUACGCUGACGAGAUCGACUUCACCAGCCUCGUCGCCCUCCGCGCCCGCCUCAACAAGGUGCUCGCCUCGUCAACGGUGCAGGACGGCCAGCCCGACAAACUCUCCUACCUUCCCUUCAUCAUCAAGGCCGUCUCCAUGGCCCUCUACCAGUUCCCCAUCCUCAACGCCCGCGUGGAAGUCGACUCGCCCGGCGCCAACGGCAAGCCGGCGCUCAUCAUGCGCUCCCAGCACAACAUCGGCGUGGCCAUGGACACGCCGCAGGGCCUCCUCGUCCCCGUCAUCAAGGACGUCGGCUCGCGCAACAUCAUCUCCAUUGCCGCCGAGCUCGUGCGGCUCCAGAAGCUCGCUCACCAGGGCAAGCUGACGCCGGCCGACAUGUCCGGAGGCACCAUCACCGUGUCCAACAUUGGCAACAUCGGCGGCACGUACCUGAGCCCCGUGAUUGUGGAGAAGGAGCUGUCUAUCCUGGGCAUUGGCCGCAUGAGGACCGUGCCCGCGUUUGACGGGAAUGACAACGUCGUGAAGAAGCACGUUUGCAACUUCAGCUGGAGUGCCGACCACAGGGUCGUGGACGGGGCCACUAUGGCGAGAGCUGCCGAGGUUGUGAGGACGGUGGUAGAAGAGCCGGAUAUCAUGGUUAUGCACCUGAGGUAG